AUGAUUUCGCAGAAGUUUAUGCAAAAAAUGCAAGAAAUCUGGAUGUUGGGCGCACAAGAGCAUGCAUUCGGGCCAUUAAACUUCCACGCUUAUGGCCAUACUGGUUUGGUCGAUCAGCCACAUUUCCCUAUUGAUCACGAAUAUUCCGUUGAAGGAUUCAAAAACAAGGGAGUCACAGCCUACUACAAUUAUAUGGUUGAUUUUGCUGUUAUUUUAGGUACCAAUAGAGUUAGAGCUAAAAAAGAAUUAAAGCAAGCGGUUAAAUUUGAAAUGAAUCUUGCAAAUGAUAGGCCGCAGUAUCUGAACUACGCUGGGAUUGGUCCAUUUGAUUUGGGGUCUGAAAUCACUCACGCCAUCGACAACCAAGGUAGACGAUUUGACAUAAAUGGACAUUUUAAUGAUUGGUGGUCUGCAGGAACCAAUGAAAAGUUUCUUCAGAAAGCUGCUUGCAUUACUCAACAGUACGAAAAUUAUGCUGUAAAAGAAGCCGGCGUCAAAUACGAAAUUCUCGAAGCUGCAAGUAUCAAACUAGACAAGGUGAGCGAAACGGUAAGCGAUAAAGUGAGAGACCAGAUAAAAAACAAGGUGAGCGACAAGGUGUGCCAAACUCCUGCAUGUGAAACUGUUGCUUUGAAAAUCCGGGAGAGUAUUGACCCCGAGGUAUCGCCAUGCGAUGACUUUUACAAAUUUGCGUGUGGUAAUUUUUUAAAAACUGCAGUUAUUCCAAAAGAUGAGACGAGUGUCGACAGAUAUAUUUCCCUUGAAAAAUUAGUUCAGAAACAACUAAAAAAAAGCAUUGAAGAGCCAAUUGAACCCAGUGAGCCUAGAUGGAUGAGACAAACGAAAAACCUUUACAAGGCUUGCAUGGACACGACUGCGAUUGAAGAAAAUGGUCUCCGUACAGAAUUGCGUAAAUUAAAGAAAGCAGGUGGUUGGCCUGUACUAGAAAACGAAUGGGAUGAAGAAAAUUUUGAUUGGAAACGUUCGACUCGUGUUAUGCAGAAAUUGGGAUUUCUUAUCUGGUACUUUUUCGAUUACAAAAUUGUCCCAGAUGAUUUAGACAACACAACACGUGUGUUGAAUAUUGACGAACCACCUCUCUUUAUUGAACGCGAAAAUGUAAUAAAAGAGAUCCAGGACCCGAUCUUGAAUGCCUACUACAAUUAUAUGGCUGACAUUGCUAUUAUGUUUGGUGCAAAUGAAACUAGAGCUCAAAAGGAAUUAAAGGACGUUCUAGAAUUUGAAAUUAAGCUCGCCAAUAUUUCCUCAAGUGCUGAAGAGAGUGAUAAUGAAACUGCUCUGAGUAAAAGAGUAAAAGUGUCCGAGCUUGCAGAAAAGUAUCCGAGUAUUCCUUGGAAGGAAUAUUUCAACACACUUCUCAAAUCUUUUGUGGCAAUCGGUGACGACGAAAUAAUAAUAGUGAAUGAGCCCACUUUUUUCGAAAAGUUUGAUCAAUUGAUCAAGACAACUCCAAAAAGAGUGCUGGCAAAUUUUCUCUUUUGGAAAGCAGCUCAGAAUGAUUUAGAUUAUUUGACUGAAGAAGUUAGAAACCGCAAAAAGAAGUUCGAGGCUGCGUUUGGCAAUGAAUCGAAAUGGGUUGAUAGAUCACAGGAAUGCCUUCAAGUAGCUGAUAUGCUAGGAUUGAAUACUGAUAUUCUAUAUGCCAGGAAGAACGUUUACCUAGAAACGAAGAAAAGUGCAGACAAAAUAGCAGUAGAAAUUCAGCAACAGUUAAAGGCAAUGUUAAAAGAGGCCGACUGGAUGGACGAAGAAACAAGGGCGAGUGCUUUGGCUAAACUGAAUUCUAUGGAAAAUUUUAUUGGCUAUCCCGAAGAAAUUUUUGAUGACAUGUCUCUUGACGAACACUACAGCAUGUUGGAAAUAACCCCGGACGACUUCCUUGAAGCAGUUUCCAAUGUGACCAUUUUCUCGACAGAACAUUCAUUCAAUGAUUUGAGGAAGCCUGAUGACAACUCAGAUUGGACACUCCACAUGGACAUUAUUCGUGAAGAUAGUGGCGCUGAAUAUUUUCAACAGGAAAACAGCAUUGACUACCCUGCUGGAAUUCUACAAGGCGUUUUCUACGAUCAGGAUCGGCCUGAGUACCUGAACUACGCCGGGAUUGGUGCGUUUGAGUUGGGACCUGAAAUGACUCGCGCUUUUGAUAAUGAAGGUAGAUACUUUGAUAAAGACGGAAACUCCAAGGAGUGGUGGACUUCAGAAACGAAUGAAAAAUUUCUUCAGAAAGCUGCUUGCAUUAUCCAGCAGUACGGCAACUAUACUGUUGAAGAAGUCAACGUCAAAGUAAAUGGUACCCAAACCCAAGAAGCCAACAUUGCAGACAACGGAGGCGUAAAAGCAGCGUACCUAGCCUAUCAAAAUAUAGUCAGUCAAACUGGCCCGGAACCCAUAUUGCCUGGAUUAAAAUAUUCUCAAUCGCAACUUUUUUGGAUUCACGCAGCUGUCACGCAAUGUGCCAAAUUCAUGCCAGAGGUAAUGAAAAACGAAACUUUAACCAAUAAUAAUAGUCCACCAGAAUUCAGAGUCAUCGGUACAUUUUCUAAUAGGCCAGAGUUUGCAAAAGACUUUAAUUGUCCAGUAGGUUCCAAAAUGAAUCCAACUAAGAAGUGUGCUGUAUGGUAA